UUUUUUCGUGAAUUUUAUUAAAUGUGAAAGGUUUUUUGCAAAAUAUGUGGUGUGUUUCAUCAUAACACGAAUGUGGUGGACGUAGGAGAAAUAAAAAUAAAUACGAACUAGCGUUGUACAUUCCAAGGCAUCAAAGAGCUGUUUUCUUUUCUGUUCAUACACGGAAGAUGCUAAAGGCAGACAAUAAAACAGCGAUCUUUUCAUUUUGCUAAGAGGCGUAAUGGUGCUUAAUGACGGAACAAUGAUCUCUGAUGACGAAAAAGUAGCACUGGCCAACAUCUGCCGCGAUUAUGUCCGAGGUUGCUGCGUCCGAGAAAAUUGUCGGUAUACUCACGAAAAGCCACCUUUGAAUCGUUUAAAAGAAUUGUUCCGGUUUUGUCACGACUAUCAGAAUAAAGGAUGUUUCAGAAACAAUUGCAAGUUUUUGCAUUUCACGCUGGAAGAGGAAGCGCAUUUCUAUUCCACGGGCAACUUUCCUCAGGCAGAUCUUCGGCAACAUGGAAUGAUCCCAGUAUGCCAGGCGUAUUUACACGGCUCCUGCUCCAACCCUGAAUGCAAGUUGAUUCACCCUCUUCAUCCAGCCACCAAUGAACGCCAUCUUGAGCUAAACAUGCCACCACCACAUUUCAAUCGUCCACCACCUAUGCUAAGAGAUGAAGACUCACCCCCUGAAUGCAAAGUAAGGCGCUACACUUACGAAGACGUAGCCAUAGAGAAUCAAAUACCUGCACCAAAUAUAUGCCAAAACUGUGACUCCUUAGACCAUAAAGUUAAACUACUACAUGAUAACAUAAGUGUUUUGCUGAAGAAAGUAGCAGACUUGACAGAGAAAAAUGUUCAAUUGACUUCCAUGAAUGAGUUUUUACUGGAGCAGGCAGCUGCAAAUAGGGGUGAACAGUCAUGCAUUAUUACAUCCCGCCAUGGAGCUUCAGCUCCGGUGUCCUUAGCUACAGUUAGCAUGACACCUGUAGUGAGUCUCUCUGGUGCAUUGCCUACACUAGUUCCUGCUGCGGCAACACCAAAUCUAGCGCUGGCGCCAGCAGCAUCCAGAGCUCAGUUGCUAACUCCCGCCCCACAACUGUUGACAGUAAGUACAACACAACAGUUGAUGGGUAAUUCGGGAGCACUCAUUGUGACUAGUGCAGGUGCCCAGCAGUUAAUGCAAGUGAGUGAUUCAGGGACUUUGAUGGGUGCUGGACAGACAGUAGUGGCAGUGACACCGGCACAGUUGACACUGGCACCGCCGCCGCAGCAACUCAUGGGGAAUGCGUCACAAACGACAGUUCAGCAGCUUGUGCAGCAGACGGCGCUGCCGCCGCAGCUAGCGGCGCAGCAACAGCAGUUUACGGCACAGCAGUCCGUGCAGCACCUUGCUGCAGCGCAACAGACUGCCCAACACCUGGCAGCGCAACAGUCUGCACAGCAUUUGGCGGCGGCGCAGCAGUCCGCGCAACAACAAUUGGCGGCAGCGCAGCAGUCCGCGCAACAACACUUAGCGGCACAACAAUCGGCGCAGCACUUAGCUGCACAGCAGUCUCAGCAGUUAGCUCAGCAAUCUGCUCAGCAGCUGGCUGCUCAACAGAUCCCAUCGGCCCAGCAACUUGUCCACCAAACCUCAACUCAACAGAUUACCAUCUCCAGCACUAGCCAGCCAAUGGCUCUUUCUAAUUCGCAAAACCAACCCUUAACAUUUCCAAUUAUAUCACAGAGCAUAUUGCCCCACUGAUUCUAUAACAUUCUAAGUUAAGUUUUUAACUAUUUAGGCCAUGGGGGUCUAAACACUCUAAACUGGCCUACUAUGCCAAAAGAAGCGGACAAAUUUAGCUGUAUGGAACUUGGGUCAAAAAGUUUGGAAGCCCUUGAUUUAGGCGCUUGCUAGAUACAAAGUGAAUUUUGAAUGACCAUUUUAUUGUUAUAAUUUUGCAGUAUUUUGUUGUAAAUCCUGCAAUUAUAUAUCUUACUACAUCAUACAUCCCUAUGUAUAAAUCUAAAUCUCAGUUUAGUAGCUUAGCAAUCUUCAAUACAAAGUACCUACCUACACAGGCUAAUGCAGAGGUAAAUCAUAGUAAAAUAUGCAGCUGUACAUGAAUAUUCAUAGGAAUGUUAAUCAUACAAUGUAUUUUCUAUAUACAACAAACAUAUUAUGAUAUUAAUAAUUAUCACAUAGGUUUGUGAUAUAAUUAAACCUCUUUUUGCAGUGUACCUAGUAAUAACACUGUUAUGCCGUUCUUGUUAUGUCAUCACAUACCAGUCUUUCAUAUGAAAACAUCAUUACUUGAAACAUUAACACUAAGGAUACUGGUUUCACAAUUCUGAAAUAUCUUAUGAAAAUCUAGUUUCAUCUCCCACAAAUAGACAAAGAAUUGUGUGCGUGUGCACACUACUUGGCUCUUUUUAAUACUUGUUUAAAGUUGCUAUAUUGUAUAAAAUUGUGUUUAGGAUCAUUAGCUAGCUAUCAUUUGUAAAGCCUGA